GAGUACACAGACCAGGUCCUCAGACGGGAUCUCCAGAACAGGUUCUCAGAAACCAGGGGGCAGCACAUAGACAAUGAGCACCGUGGCAGCGGUUCUCUCUGAACUGUGCUCGCUCUGAAUCCCCCAUCAUGUCUUUGACCUCAGGACAUUUGAGUGUCUUAAUUAUCUGUCGUCGCCAUCUUCUGGUGACGGUCUGUGUGUGUCCAGGUGAACGGCGUGGACCUGAGGUAUGCGACACAUGAGCAGGCGGCGGCCGCUCUGAAGAACGCAGGACAAACGGUUACCAUAGUAGCACAGUACAGACCAGAGGAGUACAGUCGCUUUGAGGCAAAGAUCCAUGACCUGAGGGAGCAGAUGAUGAACAGCUCGUCUGGGAGUCUGAGAGCCAACCGCAGCUUCUACAUCAGGGCCUUGUUUGACUACGACAAGCAGUGGGACUGUGGCGUCCUAUCACAGGCUCUGGACUUUAACUUUGGCGAGGUUCUUCACGUGAUGGACAGCGCAGAUGACGAGUGGUGGCAGGCGAGAAGAGUGAGCCAGCAGGGGGAGCUGGAGGAGCUGGGAUACGUCCCGUCCAAACACAGGGUCGAGAGGAAGGAGUGGUCGAGGAUGAAGAGUAAAGGUAGAGAAGGGUUCGUUCACAGCUACGAGCUCAUCACUCAGAUUGAGGUGGACUACGCUCGUCCCGUCAUCAUCCUGGGGCCGACCAAAGACAGAGUCAACGACGACCUGUUGUCCGAGUUCCCGGACAAGUUCGGCUCAUGUGUCCCUCACACAACUCGCCCUCGGAGGGACUACGAGGUCGACGGGCGGGACUACCACUUUGUGUCGUCACGGGAACAGAUGGAGCGGGACAUCCAAUCACAUCGCUUCAUCGAGGCGGGGCAGUACAAUAACCACCUGUACGGGACAUCGGUGCAGAGCGUGAGACAGGUGGCCGAGCAGGGCAAACACUGCAUCCUUGACGUGUCAGCCAACGCCGUGAGGAGGCUUCAGGCGGCUCAGCUCCACCCCGUCGCCAUCUUCAUCCGACCGCGGUCCCUGGAGAACAUCCUGGAUCUGAACAAGCGUCUGUCGGAGGAUCAGGCGAGGAAAGCUUUGGAACGAGCCGUGAAGCUGGAGCAAGACUUCCUCGAGUGUUUCACAGCCAUUGUGCACGGCGACAGCUUCGAGGAGGUCUACCACCUGGUCAAAGCCGUCAUUGAGGAGCAGAGCGGCCCCUACAUCUGGGUCCCUGCCCGCGACAGACUCUGA